AUGUCGGCGAUAGCAAGAGGCACGGCGUUAGAGCAGUGGUUCAAGGCCAAUGGAGGCCACCUUCAUCCUUCCAUAAGGCUAGACUACAACGAGCAGUCAGGCUUCCUUUGGCGAGCCCGAGAGCCGAUACCACCUCAGGAAAUAGCAUCAAGCGUUCCCUACAGCCUCUCCCUAUCUUACAUCAACGCUCUGGUGGACGAUGCUUAUCCCGUCUUCAAGCAGCGACGGACCGACUUCACCAUUGAAGCCAUCGGCUUCUUCUACUUGAUGACACAGUAUCUCAACAAGGAGCAGUCGUUUUGGAAGCCUUACCUUGACGUUCUGCCUUCGCCCAGCGAGUUCUCCACUCCACUUUGGUUCGAUGCGCCGGCAGACCUAGCCUGGCUCGAUGGCACCGACGUUCUUCACACUAUGCUCGCUCGCAGAGAAGUCUAUGCACAGUACUACCAGAGCGGUCUCAAGGUGUUGAGUGAAAGUGGCAUUGACGUGACGCUGUACACAUGGGACCUCUUCCGUUGGGCCAUCACAACCUUCACCUCCCGCUCCUUCACCUCACGUGUUCUCCUACCGCAAAACCGCAAGUACUGGCCUGUCCACAGAACCAGCACCAAUGGGCGGAGACAGACUGUCUUGCUAGACAUGUCUCACUCGCCCGCCGAGGACCUGGACUUUUCCGUCCUGUUUCCAGGUCUAGAUUCGGGUAAUCACGACCCCAAUGCUCAAGUAGACUGGUCAUUUGAUGCGAACCAAUUCAGCAUAGCGCUCGUUCAGCCUAUCGAAGCCGGAGCGGAAGUUUGUAACAAUUACGGACCGAAAGCGAACGACGAGUUGCUGAUGGGUUAUGGGUUCUGCAUCCCGAACAAUCCGCGUGACGAGGUUUUGCUUACGCUCAAAGCGCCGCCAGAAGCACUUCAGGUGGAACUAAAGCGCAUACAUCCAGGCUAUUUCACUUCGAGUGGACAAUGGAGCGGCGAGAAGGCUACCUUUCGCCUUCAGUCUCCGCGCGCCUACUCUCAGGAAAGCGUUGGUCAUGUCAUCCAACAACUCCCGCGAGGCCUUCUAGAGCUCCUCUACUGCAUCCUCCGCCAUGAGCGCGGUCUCCCCAUCAUUGGCUCUGAGGAGUCGAUUAAAGAAUUUACAGACGCACCCGAUGGUGAGAGGUACUUCCCACACAUCGCCCGAAUGAUCGUGCAGUCCCUCGUUCCUAAGCUGCAACGUCUGGACGCCGUAGCUUUACCCGAGAAGCCAGCGAACAACCGACAGCGACAGGCGAGCAUCUACCGCGAGAGCCAGAGGGAGAUCCUACAGACUGUCAUCGAAGCACUGCGAAUUUCCACUCGAUCGCUGCUGAAGACGCCAGAGGAGCCUGGAUCACGCCUUGUAACGUUUGAAGGGCUCAUUGAGCUAUGGAGUGCGCGUAACGGAAGCGAAGUGGUUACGCCGUUUAUUGCAGGUGUGCAAGCAAUAACUGGUACAGCGGAUGCAGAGACGCUGCGCGAGGCGGGCUGGGAGGACGAUCUUUUUGUGCUGCUGAUGUGCUACAUAUACCGGGCUGCGACGGCGUACAUCUCCUCCACGGGAUCUGGUGAAUCAGACUACGGAUGGUUCUUUGAUGCGUUGCCCGAGUACAUCGACGCGAGAGCCUCUCCCAAGCCUUCGGGCACGGACGAACAAGAGCGUUUGGAGCGAGCAGAAGCUCUCAUGCCGUUGAUCGCGCAAGCUGCCAAUGGUAAUUACGCCGCCGACAGCUUUUGGGAGAGCUCAGACUGGAAGGCGGAGUGGGUGGCGGAAGUGGGUGGGAAGAUGCUGCAAUAUGAGAGCAUGACGAUGAUGGUUCCUCGCCAAGAUGGCGGUGUUGAGGAAGCAAGAACAGUGGUGUACCUCCAUUCCAAUGAGUCUUAG